UUUGCGGUCGCUCCAUGAGGGUCACUGACUCCCCUUGUCCUUCGAGCUUGCUAAAAGAACUGAUCUCGUUAACUCCCUAUUGCCAAAAAUCACUUUCUGGCUUAAAUCACUCAAACUGACGGAAUCACAUUUGUUGCUUUUUGAUUGGCCAUCGCUUUGCAGAGAGUAGUGGCCAAUCAGGGCCGUAGCAGGGGAUGGGGCACUGGGGGGACCAUUAGGGGCGUGGCUGUGCCCCCCAUUGUUUUCUUACUGUUUCUGUAUCGUGCCCCCCCCCCCCCCCCAAUAAUUCGAGGCCUGUUACGGCUAUGCCAAUGAAAACGCUUCAAUGAUUUUGAAUGACGGAAGACAGAAGGCGGUCGCAGAAUAUUGAAAGCUACAGUGAUGAAUGAUUUUAAGCCACUCUUUUGUCACUGUAGACUGUUAAAAAUAUAAGGGUCUUUGAUAUUUGACUGAAGCUAUUCUAGUUACUCGCUCGCUUGUGGAUUGCGAAAUGAACUCUUCGUGCAGCUCGGUAUUGGCACAGGAGGGUUAAAUGGCGGUAUGGCCUUUUACAUGACUCAAUUUUGAUGUGUCAACAAACAAUAAGGAUCUUAAUAAAAUAAAGAGAGGUUUCUUUGAAAAUAAAAAGCCUUGUGUGUAGUGUAGGAUAGAUUGGGUUAUCUGUAUAAUUUAACUUUCAGAUGCACAGGGCAGUUGUGAGAAUCUCACCAGGUAUGUUCUUCAAAAUGAAUUCUUUUAUUUUCUAUAAAAGAGAUAAUAUUCUAAUACAGUUUGAUAUUUCGUCGACGACAUUUCUCUGGUUUUACGUGACCGGGAAUCGUAAUCGUUUGAAAACUGUACCAGAUAUUUUUCAACGGCUUGUCUUGCAGCAAUGUGGAUGGGGCGUAUAUUCUGGAUAUUAAUGGUAACCGCGUCGAGGCCUGGUGCCAAAUGACGAAACUAAUAGGUUGUGAUCCGGGCAAGUGGACUCUGGCCGUGAAGGUUGACGGGAAAAAGACAACCUUUCUGUACGACUCCGCUUACUGGUAUAACCAAAAGGGUUAUAACUACGAAGGGGGUAAAGCACUUGAUGAUGGGCAGGAGACGAAGCUCCCCACGUUUUGGGACACGCCCAUGAGACACGUGUGCAUGGGCAUGAGGAAUUCACCAGGAACACCCUGGAGAUGGGUGCAGAUUAAUGUGGGCUUGACGACUACCCUCGCCUCGGUGUUCUCCACCAACAAGCUUCACACAACCAGCAUCCCCCGAUCGAUAUGGCUCGGGAUGAUUGGACCACCCUCGGGAACAUUGCAGAGCAACUGUAACCGCCAGGGGUUCAAUGCGAAGUGCGACAAUUUAACGGCCCGGGCGAGGAUUGGGAUUGUUGCGAAUAAUGAAGUGCCUUGUGAUACUUGUGACUCAUUCAUAGGAAUUGGCACAAGUCUUCACUUUUCGCAAGCACUUAAUUUUUCAAGUGGAAACGAGUGUAGUCAUGGGUGUACGGAUGCCACCGGAAAGUGGAUGUUUGAGCGCUAUCAGAGCACAUUCGGGGUUAUUCUGAUAAAGUUAUGAUCUCUUUUUUAGCAUUUCAUCUUUCCAGUGCAACGUGUAGACGUGAGCUCCCUGUGUCUCGCUAUAGCCGCACUUUUGUCUUGGUCUCCACGCUUAUCGCGUGAUUGAAAAUGGAAUAGGAAGUAAUAAAAAGUACAUUAAAUGUUGAAAAAGA